AUGUCUGACGAGGAGGAGGAUUAUAUGUCCGACAAAUUCCUGGCUGGUCUGCAGGAUGUGCGUCCCAGCUUGGUGCACAAUCGCGGCAAGAAGCGGCAGUUGGAAGUCGAGACCAAAAACGAGGAGCUGAAGAAGCGCCAACGAGAGGCAGCCGCUGCGUCGGGAAAAGUGGACAAUGAUCGACUUCAGGAGUCGCUCAACAAACCGCUAUCCUCCGACAAUAAGGGCUUCCAGCUGCUGGCCAAAAUGGGCUACAAAGCGGGCUCUGGAUUGGGCAAGCAAUCGGAUGCCCGCACAGAACCCGUGGGAAUUACCAUAAAGAGCGGUCGUGGAGGCCUGGGACGCGAGGCAGCCGUGGCUGAGUUGACCCUCAAGAGGCAGGAACUGCGGAGGGCCCAUCUCCUCAGCAAGGCCGGCAUUGAAUCCCGUGAAGAAAUCAGCACUGAGGCUUACCGACGACGAGCGACCCACAAAGCGGAAGAACGCAAGCUGCAGUAUGACAUAAAACGGUGCCAGCAGACCUGCGAAUCGUUGGAUCUCAAGUCAGGUGUUACAGAACCAGAUCUGGACUUCUUUUGGCCACCCAAACCAAAAGAGGAAGAUGGAACAGAAAGCGAAGGGGAAUCGGAUGACGAUGAGCCACCCAAAGAGGAACCAUACACUCCAUCGGAACAACUGGAGCUUCUCACCGGCUACCUGCGCACCGCCUAUCUCUUUUGCUACUGGUGUGGAACGCAUUACGAGGACAACGAAGAUUUGGGCACCAACUGUCCAGGACUCACACGCGACGAUCACUAGCUUCAGUAAAUAAAAGGAAACAACUAGAUUAAUUACACAUAAUUUCACAAAAUCUCUGCAGGUUUAAAAUUAUUUUACAAUAAUACGAAGUCAAAAAACA